AUGUCGUUUGAUGCUUCUGCAUCAUUGACGGUCUCCGAUCCGAAUGCCCGUGCCCUCAGCUCCUCAUGCUUUGACUUCCUUCUCAUUGAGCUGGUUCCUAUGGCUGAGCGCCUUGCCAAAGAACUCUCGGCGGAUGAGACUGAUCCAGAAGAUGAAGAGGUCAGGGAGACAACCUAUUUCCGUCUUGAGACCUUAGGAUACCGAGUUGGGCAAGGUCUUGCUGAAAGAUUUUCCCGAGAUCGCCCUCGUUUCACCGACAAUCUCGACGUAAUAAAGUUUCUCUGCAAGGAUCUCUGGACGGUUCUAUUCAGAAAACAAGUGGAUAAUUUGAAAACGAAUCAUCGAGGUGUUUACGUCUUGACCGACAAUGCGUUCCGUUCAUUCGCCAGGAUGAGUAUGGCGGUACGAAGUGAUGCUGUAUCGAUGGCGCAGGCGUAUCUCUGGUUCCCAUGCGGUGUCAUUCGCGGUGCACUGGCGAACCUUGGCAUCAAUACCACCGUGCAAGCAGAAACCUCGGAACUCCCAGGGGCAACGUUCCAGAUCAAAACCAUACAGGCUCGGCCUUGA